UACCUCAAGAAGCUGCACACGCAGGAGCGCGCUGUCGAGGAGGUCAAGCUGGCCAUCAAGCCCUACUACCAGCGCAAGGACAUCACCAAGGACGAGUACAAGGACAUCCUGCGCAAGGCCGUGCACAAGAUCUGCCACAGCCGCAGCGGGGAGAUCAACCCGGUGAAGGUGGCGCGGCUGGUGGGCGCCUACGUGCAGCGCUACAAGUACUUCCGCAAGCGGGGGCGCCGGCCCCCCCCGCCCCACGAGCCCCCCGCCCCCCCGGAGGCGCCUGCGGGGGGGGCCGCACCCGACAAGGGCCCCCUCCCCCUGCCGCCCCUCUGA